AUGGCGGCGGCGGGCGGAGAGCGCGAGCCGGAGCCCCCGCCCCAAAAAGCGGGCACCUCUUCUGACCAGAUCCUUAAAACCGGAACUCUUCUUCUCAAGGGCUUCAUCAGGGACCGAGCCCAGCGCUGUGGAGAUUCCGGUUAUGACAAUGUGAUCGCGGAACUCGGAGGGUCGGAGACCCAGCCUUGCGACCCCAGCACCAAGCAGUUGAGUGAGUGCCUACGCCGAAUCGGGGACGAGCUCGACGGAAAUAUGGAGCUGCAGAGGAUGAUAGAUCAAGUGCAGGCGUAUCCUCCGAAGGACGUCUUCUUACGGGUGGCUGCGGAAAUGUUCGCGGACGGGACCUUCAACUGGGGCCGCGUGGUGGCGUUGUUCUACUUCGCAUGCAAGCUGGUCCUGAAGGCAAUUUGCACUAAAGUCCCUGACCUCAUCAGGACCAUAAUCAACUGGACAAUGGAAUAUAUCCAAGAACAUGUCAUGGUCUGGAUCCAAGCCCAGGGAGGAUGGGAAGGCCUCCUAUCCUACUUUGGCACCCCCACUUGGCAAACCAUCGCCGUAUUUGCUGCCGGGGUUCUGACUGCGUCACUGACCUUUUGGAAAAUGUCUUAA